AAAACCUCCCCAAAGCAACGAUAAAAGAGUGACGGUGGAACAUCUCCAUUGUCAUUUUUGGCUUGUUGCAACCCCCGACUAUCUACAGCUUUAGAUUGCCCUUUCGCUAGAAAGCGCAUCUAAGCAUCUUCCGCGCGCGGGGCAGAGUCUUUUUGACCCCGCUUCCAACAACAACACAUCGACAAAUUUUCCAACCAGGAAGUUCACCCCCAGAACUACCGCCAAGAUGGUCAACUUCACCACUGAGGAGAUCCGGCAGCUUAUGGACAAGCCUUGCAAUGUCCGUAACAUGUCCGUCAUUGCUCACGUCGACCACGGCAAGUCGACCCUCACCGACUCCCUCCUGUCCAAGGCCGGUAUCAUUUCCACCGCCAAGGCCGGUGACCAGCGAGCGACGGACACGAGAGCCGACGAGCAGGAGCGUGGUAUCACCAUCAAGUCUACCGCCAUCUCCCUGUUCGGUCAGCUCCCCGACCCUGAGGACAUCAAGGAUAUCGUUGGCCAGAAGACCGACGGCACCGACUUCCUGAUCAACCUGAUCGACUCGCCCGGUCACGUUGAUUUCUCCUCCGAGGUCACCGCCGCUCUCCGUGUCACCGACGGUGCUCUCGUCGUCGUCGACACCGUCGAGGGUGUCUGCGUCCAGACCGAGACUGUCCUGCGUCAGGCCCUUGGUGAGCGCAUCAAGCCUGUUGUCAUCAUCAACAAGGUCGACCGUGCUCUCCUCGAGCUUCAGGUCUCCAAGGAGGAUCUGUACCAGUCCUUCUCCCGUACCAUCGAGUCCGUCAACGUCAUCAUCUCCACCUACUUUGACAAGUCUCUCGGUGACGUUCAGGUCUACCCCGACCGCGGUACCGUUGCCUUCGGCUCCGGGCUCCAGGGGUGGGCCUUCACCAUUCGCCAGUUCGCGUCUCGCUACGCCAAGAAGUUCGGUGUCGACCGCAACAAGAUGAUGGAGCGUCUCUGGGGCGACAACUACUUCAACCCCGCCACCAAGAAGUGGACCAAGAACGGCACCUACGAGGGCAAGCAGCUCGAGCGUGCCUUCAACCAGUUCAUCCUCGACCCCAUCUUCAAGAUCUUCGCCGCCGUCAUGAACUUCAAGAAGGAGGAGACCACCACCCUCCUCGAGAAGCUUAACCUCAAGCUCUCCGCUGAUGACCGCGAGAAGGAGGGCAAGCAGCUCCUCAAGGCCGUCAUGCGCACCUUCCUCCCCGCCGCCGACGCCCUCCUCGAGAUGAUGAUUCUCCACCUCCCCUCGCCCGUCACGGCCCAGAAGUACCGUGCCGAGACCCUGUACGAGGGUCCCGUCGACGAUGCCGCCGCCAUCGGUAUCCGUGACUGUGACCCCAAGGGUCCCCUCAUGCUGUACGUCUCCAAGAUGGUGCCCACCUCCGACAAGGGUCGUUUCUACGCCUUCGGUCGUGUCUUCUCCGGUACCGUCAAGUCCGGCAUCAAGGUCCGCAUUCAGGGCCCCAACUACGUUCCCGGCCGCAAGGAGGACCUCUUCAUCAAGGCCAUCCAGCGUACCGUCCUCAUGAUGGGCGGCAAGGUCGAGCCCAUCGACGACAUGCCCGCCGGCAACAUUGUCGGUCUCGUCGGUAUCGACCAGUUCCUCCUCAAGUCUGGUACCCUCACCACCCUGGACACUGCCCACAACCUCAAGGUCAUGAAGUUCUCCGUCUCCCCCGUCGUCCAGCGCUCUGUCCAGUGCAAGAACGCCCAGGAUCUCCCCAAGCUCGUCGAGGGUCUCAAGCGUCUGUCCAAGUCUGACCCUUGCGUCCUGACCUCGACCUCCGAGUCCGGUGAGCACGUCGUUGCCGGUGCCGGUGAGCUCCACCUCGAGAUUUGCCUGAACGAUCUCGAGAACGACCACGCUGGUGUUCCUCUCAUCAUCUCCGACCCCGUCGUCGCUUUCCGUGAGACCGUCGGCGCCAAGUCUUCCAUGACCGCCCUGUCCAAGUCCCCCAACAAGCACAACCGUAUCUACAUGGAGGCUGAGCCCAUUGACGAGGAGCUCUGCAAGGAGAUCGAGGGUGGCAAGGUCAGCCCCCGUGACGAUUUCAAGGUCCGCGCUCGUAUCCUCGCCGACGACUUCGGCUGGGAUGUCACCGACGCCCUACCUCAACGAAAUCAAGGACUCCAUGGUCUCUGGUUUCCAGUGGGCCACCCGCGAGGUCCCGUUGCCGAGGAGCCCAUGCGCGCCAUCCGCUUCAACAUCAUGGACGUCACCCUCCACGCCGAUUCCAUUCACCGUGGUACCGGUCAGAUCAUGCCCACCACCCGUCGUGUCCUGUACGCCGCUUCGCUUCUCGCCGAGCCCGGUCUCCUCGAGCCCGUCUUCCUCGUCGAGAUUCAGGUUCCCGAGCAGGCCAUGGGUGGUGUCUACGGUGUCCUUACCCGUCGUCGUGGCCACGUCUUCGGCGAGGAGCAGCGCCCCGGCACUCCCCUCUUCACCAUCAAGGCCUACCUGCCCGUCAUGGAGUCCUUCGGCUUCAACGCCGAUCUGCGCCAGGCCACCUCCGGCCAGGCCUUCCCCCAGAUGGUCUUCGACCACUGGCAGAUCCUGCCCGGUGGCUCUCCCCUUGACCCCACCUCCAAGACCGGUGGCAUUGUCCAGACGAUGCGUAAGCGCAAGGGUAUCAAGGUUGAGGUGCCCGGCGUUGAGAACUACUACGACAAGUUGUAAACGCCUCAUUCAAGGGCUAUCGAAGCCUGGCGCCGACACGUCCCUCGUGACGUCCAGUUGUCGUCAGGCUUCGUGGGCCAUCCCGUCCCACCGGCCACGAAAGAGAAGCCGAUUGUGCGGGAAUGGCGAAGGAGCUAUCAAAAUGGGGAGGCUUUACUGAGGCAGUCAGCCAUGAAGCCCAUCUCAUGCGUUUGAUUGCCAUGACACGGCUAGUAGUUUUUUUGCUAAGGAAUUGAUGACUGUUCUAAA